AUGUUUAACUGGCGAUCGUUUAAGCACAAACAUAUGUUCUACCCAUUAAACAAACCAUUAAAAUAUCACAAAGUGAAAGAGACAUUUGGCAAAUUAUGUUAUGAGUUGUGUUCGAAAAAAAAUGAAAUAAAGAAGAAAUUAAAACGGCGACAGCGACAAAAAAAGAAGGCUUUGGCACUAAUUAUAGUAACAGAAACAUGUGAGAAUCGUUUUGCUAAUAAUACAGCUUUAAUGUCUUAA